AUGGAGAAGAAUCGCUUUACCAAUCAGAAUCUGUCCAAGGGGCAGAUUUCUGAGACGAAGAAAAAUCAAGAUGUUUCUGUUAAGUGGCCUCGGCAGUCCAAACGUCGUGGUGAACAAUCGGACAGCAGCAACAAUCACCGGCACGGUGCCAACACCGGUAAAGUACCGAGCGCGAACAAGAAUCGUAAUCAAAGCAACUACAACUACGAUGCACGGCAACGGUCGCAACGACCGGUCCGGGCAACGGAACAACUUGCCACCGGUGAUGGCGACGUCGGGCAUUCCCUGGACGAAGAGCAACCGACCGCUAGCGGAACCACCGGACUAGCGCCACCGGCCCAAUCGAACGCGACGUCCAACAGCGUACGCGGUGAAUUACACUCGGUGUUUACACCUGGCUCGAAGAAACAGAGCCUGAACCACUUGCUGAACUAUCAUUACGCACCGCGCGAACGCGACCAGCCAGUUCGCUUCACGCGCACCGGCAACAUUCGUAAGCUGGCGCACCAGUCACAUGGCAGCUACAACAAGGAACAAUUCCUGCAGGCGAACUGCCAGUUUGUAGUACGCGCCGAUGACGACUAUGAAGGUUUACUGUCUGCACCGGAUCAACUGGUGGACUGGGGCAAGGUGGAACAAAUCCACGUUCUCAGUUCAGAGGAACCACAAUGUCCGAUAUGCCUGUAUCCGCCGGUGGCGGCAAAAAUGACGAAAUGCGGCCACGUGUUCUGUUGGCCAUGCAUUCUGCAUUAUCUGGCACUGUCGGAUAAAACAUGGCGCAAAUGUCCGAUCUGUUACGAGGCGAUCCAUCUGCCGGAUUUAAGAUCGGCCGUUUCGAAACCGUUCCACGCUUACGGUACGGGAGAGUAUGUAACGCUUCAGCUAAUGCGUCGCGAAAAGGGUACGAUGAAGGUGGUCGAAGUGAACGAUGAGCUUCUGAUGGCGAACACCCAUCCGAUGGUAGGCACUUCGAUUCCGCACUUUGACGCUGCCGUUGGUAACAGCAUCCUUACCAAGCUGUUAUUAACCGACACUGUGCAAAUGAUGAGAAUAAUGGAACGCGAACAAUCAGAACUUGAAAAUCAGCUCGUUUCCGAUGGUGCCGAAGCACCGGAGAACAUUUUCGUGCAGCAGGCACUGGACAUACUUGCGGAGCGGCGUACCACUUUGAAGGCGUCAAAAGCGAUCAUGUUUCCCGUUCCGGUGGAAAAGAUUGUAAGUGGCAUAUCAGUCUCUUCAAGCGUGUCGGACGAUGUCACUGAACAGCAAUCGGAAGACGUUCUUGACGGAGCCGCCCAAGCAAUGUCGACUGGAAGCGAAAGAUCUUCGGAUUUCAUGAUCGACGAGGAAAGUAAUUUCACUGUCGGUGACAUUGACAUCGUCCCAACCGCACAGUGUGCCGGUGAACAUUACUAUUUCUACCAAUCGCUGGACGGGCAACCGUUGUUUCUGCACUCCAUCAACAGUCGCAUGCUGCAAACAAUGUACGGCAGCCUGGAUCACAGCCCUCACCGCAUAACCGGUCGUGUUGUGCAGAAGGAUUCAUGCUCGAUGGAUGAGAAUUUGCGUCGCCGGUUAAAAUAUCUGGAACAUCUACCAGUUUGCACACAGUUCGAUGUGGUCGAACUGGAUUUCGGACCGACCGCGGGUAGUGGACUCGUGUCGGAGGAGAUAUUGAGCCUGUUUCACGACGAGCUAGCUAUGCGCCAUCGUACACGACAGAAGCGUGCCCGUGCGGAACAGAAACGCGAGAAGCAAAUCUUUGAGUUCAAUGAGCGUCAACUUGGUAAAGCGAUGGCCCGUUCGGCUCGCAUUUCCAUCGAAUCAACGAAACAUUUUCCUUCGUGCGGACUCUCGGAAUCUUAUUCGGAAGAACCCACCCUGUUCGGAACCAGCCCCGUUGCAAGCGAUAUUUCGAGCUCUCCGGGAUCUAGCGGAUCCGCGAUGUCUUCUUGGUCGAAGAUGGUGUCCACUCAACCCUCCUCCAACCAGCAGCGUUGGCCAACAUUGGGAGGAGCGACUUCGUCGUCCAAUUCCAGCGCACCAGCACCGAAGUUAGUGCAAGUAACCGGUAGCCGUAUGGUGGCCACAACUUCACGUACCGGUUGGCGCCAACCAGCAUCCGACCUUGAUGAGGACGAAACGGACGACGAGCAUAUUGCGGCACGUGCCCCACUGUUCAACAACAAUCUUGGCCGUGCUAUUGAGGCAGCACUGGAGAGAAAAAUUUCUCAUCCAAACCAAUCCACUUCUGGAUCUGGUUCCGGUUCGGGUGUCUCCUCGGGCGCCGCUGGGAAGCGUAAGAAAAAUAAGAAAACGCUACUCUUUGCCUCUGGCAUGAAUAUGAACUAA